AUACUUCCCUCACAACUCUCUCUCUCAAAAGAAGCUGAAUUCUUUCUUCGUUUGAUGCCGUGAAUCACAAACAGAAACAGAGGAAUCAGAGAGUACUUCACCAUCUUGAUUCUUUCUUCUUCUUGUUUCCUUCUUUAUUACAAUGGUGGAGCUCAAAGAUCAACAAGACAUGGGAGAAGGUAUGCAAUGCAUUACACAUCCUUACACAAAGAACCCAGGUGGGAUCUGUGCUUUAUGUCUCCAGGAAAAGCUUGGUAAGCUCGUCACUUCCUCUUUCCCUGUUCCUAAACCCAACCAUCUCUCUUCUUCUUCUCCUAAAUCCUUCACUCCUUCCACGACCUCUCUCGCUCUGUCUCUCUCAUCGGCAAGCAAUGGCAGAGACUCCACUAACAACAACAAUCUCCCGUUUCUUCUGGCUAAGAAGAAGAAGAACAUGCUCGCAGCUUCUUCUUCAUCUUCUUCUUCUUCCUCUUCGUCUUCUUCUGCGAAUCUUAUCUACAAGAGAAGCAAAUCGACUGCUGCUGCUUACGGUGAGAGUUUCAGCCAAAGGAAACGAAGUGGGUUUUGGUCUUUUUUCCAUCUCUACUCUUCAAAACAUCAGAUCAGCAACACCACCAAAAAAGUCGAUAACUUUAGCCAUUUAAGGAGGAACCAGAGAACAGAGUCAAAAACAGAGACUUCUUCCAUGAGGGUCGGUGGUGGUGGAGGCAUUGAUGUGAUAGUUGAGGAAGAAGAUGAGAGUCCUAACAAAGUGGUUUCAGAAACGCCAACGAAUGGUAUAGGUGGUGGUGGUGGUUCGUCGUUUGGGAGGAAAGUGUUGAGAUCUAGAUCUGUUGGUUGUGGUAGUAGAAGCUUCUCUGGUGAUUUCUUUGAGAGGAUCUCUAAUGGGUUUGGUGAUUGUGCCUUGAGAAGGAUUGAGUCACAGAGAGAAGCCACUAAGGUCAUUAGUAAUGGUGGUGGUGGUGAAGCAGCAGAUGCAAUGAGUGAAAUGGUCAAAUGUGGUGGCAUCUUUGGUGGGUUUAUGAUCAUGACAUCAUCAUCUACAACAUCAUCAACAACAUCAUCAACGGUUGAUCAUCAUCAUAAUCAUAAGAUGGGGAACAGAAACUGGGGAUGGGCUUUCGCAAGUCCAAUGAGAGCCAAAGCUACUGCUACUCAUAGAGGUCGUACCAUUACAGAGUCCACAGCUGACAACAAGAACACAUCUUCAAAUUUGGACUCAAUCCCUUCAUUGUUGGCUUUGAAAAGCUAAAGCGAGAUGGCAUUACUAAGUACUUAUAAUCCGAAUUUAGAGAAUUUCCAUAUUUCAUUCAUGUGUUUUUAGUUAGGUUGUUCUUUCGUUCUUUGGACAUUGGCUUGAUCUUUUAAUGUAAUGUCACACUAUUUUCUUGUUCCUUUCUAUGUUUGGCAUCUUUGGUUAUAUGUUAUUCAUAAGCUUGAAACCUUUAGGAGAAUGAGCUUAGGAUACUUGCUGCUUUGUCUUUUACUCUUCU